CAUGCCCCUGAACGCAACUUCUUCGUGGCAGCAGCCCCCGAGCCCGUUUCACCUGCAGCCCACGGGCGAUGCGGCUGGGAACGUCUCCAACAGCUCGGAUCUGUACUCCCAAGGGCCGGACGAGGAAGAUCUGGAUGUGAACACCGACAUCUACUCCAAAGUCAUGGUCACGGUCAUCUACCUGGCUCUCUUCCUGGUGGGCACCGUCGGCAACUCCAUCACCGCCUACACCCUGGUGCGCAAGAAGUCCCUGCAGAACCUGCAGAGCACGGUGCACUACCACCUGGCCAGCCUGGCUUUCUCUGACCUGCUCAUCUUCCUCCUGUGCAUGCCCAUCGAGCUGUACAACUUCAUCUGGGUGCACCACCCCUGGGCCUUCGGGGACGCCGUCUGCAAAGGCUACUACUUCCUGAGGGAUGCCUGCACCUACGCCACUGCCCUCAACAUCGCCAGCCUCAGCGUGGAGAGGUACAUGGCCAUCUGCCACCCCUUCAAAGCCAAGAGCAUCAUGUCCAGGAGCAGGACCAAGAAGUUCAUCAGCUGCAUCUGGGUGGCCUCUUUCCUGCUGGCCAUCCCCAUGAUCUUCACCAUGGGCGAGAUCUAUGGCAGGGACCAGCAGCCGGACUCUCUGAUCUGUACCACCAUUGUGGAAGCCUCCACGCUUAAGACUGUCAUUCAGGUCAACACGUUCAUCUCCUUUGUGUUUCCAAUGGUCGUCAUUUCUGUCCUGAAUAGUAUCAUCGCCAACCAGCUCAUCAUCAUGUUCAAGCAAGCGGCACAAGAAAACCAGGUCUGCAUUAUUGGAGGACAGCAGGCGAUGCUCAGCAUGUCCAUGGAGCCCAGCCGUGUGCAAGCUCUGAAGCACGGAGUGAGAGUCCUGCGUGCUGUUGUGAUUGCCUUUGUGGUCUGCUGGCUUCCUUAUCAUGUACGGCGUCUCAUGUUUUGCUAUGUUCCAGCAGAUCACUGGACAGAGUUCCUUUAUAAUUUCUACCACUACUUCUACAUGUUGACAAACGUCCUCUUCUACGUCAGUUCUGCCAUCAACCCCAUCCUCUACAACCUGGUGUCCGCAAACUUCCGCCAGAUCUUCCUCUCCACGCUCAUGUUCCUGUGCCUGCCAUGGAGAAAGAAGAAAAAGAGACCCAGCUUCACCAGGAAGUCCAACAGCAUCUCUAGCAACCAUACGUUUUCCAGCCAAGUCACCAGGGAAACGACAUACUGAGCCCCGAGUGAAGCCAAAGGAAGGGAGAAUGUGUUUCAACAUGGAUUUAGGACGUGAGAGAGACCUCUGGGACCUUAAUGCAUGGUCUCUAAAUUCACCAUAACACGAAUGUGUUUAGCAGUCUCAUUUUUGUUGGAACAAAUAGGCUUCGUUCUGCCAGUAACUUUGGGGUUAUUUUAAAGCAUCAGCCUUGCCUCUUGUGAAUAAUGUCUACGCAUUUUGUAACUUCGGUAUGGCAUAGAUUCCAAUGCAGUGUUAUCUGGGAAGCCACAGCACUUCUUCAGCCUAUAAAUGUCAAGCUUAGGCAACUCAUAUCGUGCUUCGUCCUUUUCUCCGUGCAGAGAUGCCGUGCUAAAGUCGAAGAGCUCAACAUUGUUUCUCUUGGUGGCACUGAGCUGAGACUUUAAUGAGGAGCAAGGCAGUUUUGAGUGAACAGGGAUAUUUUUUGAGGGGGGGAGUAGUAAUCCGAGAGGUGAUAAAAGAAAGAGAAAUGGAAAUAAUGGAAUCAAUAGGGAAUAUAGCACUCAGGGAGCAAGGUGGUUAUUUAUAGAACUCAUUCUGAUUAAUUAGACCAGAAUGUCCAGGAGAGCCAAUGUAGUGUCCCUAAAUUAAAUAAUAAAAUGACGAUAAUGCCUUACCUAGAUUAGGAUGGCACCUUGGAAAACACCAUUCAGUGCUCUUAGGGGGCAAGGAUCAUCUUUUUGUUAGGGGUGUGUGUUGUGCCUAGCACAAUGGGGCCUCGAUACCUCUUGGAUCCUUUCAGCAAGAUCAUCACACAAAUACAUAAAAUAAUACAUAAUAAUAAUAAUAAUGACAAAGUCUAGAAUGCUUAAAUUGAGGCAACUCUUAUUGUUAAAAACAAAUAAGAGGGCAAUCUUACAUUUGCUUCAUAACCAAAUCCCAUUUUUACCACUGAAAAAAGGUAAAAAGUUAGUUGAGCCAUAUCAAGAGGUGAGCACAUGCCUGGACCAUGAUGAGCGAGGGCUGCUAAUGGAUGAAGGAGAGGCAUAGAGCAACCUGCAUGAAUUCUGCAGGGCACAGAUAAUUGAUUUCUUAGCCAUUCUUAUUCCAGUUUUUCUCAAUUUGCAGAUGUUUUAUUAGAGAGUUUGCUGAUAUCCCAAAGGGCAAGCUCAAGUCCGAGGUACAAGGGCCACAAAAGACUCUAGUGCAAUUUUCUUUUUCUGUGACCUAAUGAUCUGUAUUUCCUGUCAUUUUUUAACUGGUGUCUUUACCAAUCUCUAGCCGCAGACAACACACCUGAAGAAUAAACAGAAAACAAGAUGAUUUAAAUUCAGGAUUCCCAGUUCCAAAACCAGGCCCCUUCUUGACAGACUAGAGGUGCAGCAGACAGAACUGUUGGGUCUGAAUAGGCCAGUGUAAUAGGAUGGUUUGCCUCUUAAGGGCUGGAGCUAGCCAACCCUGAUUACAGAACGAGCCACUCCUGGGAGUGAUUAGGGUGACUGCCUUAUAAAGAGCAGCAAGAGGGCACAAUGAAGUAGAAAGAGGAGUGGAGGGAAUGGCAGCGAGUGAAAGGUUUCUGCAAGGAAGACUCUGAAACUAAGGGAGCUGCAACAAAGAGGAGAGGCAGUAAUCCAGAGGCUCCUGGUAGGGGCCCUGACUGAGAGAAGGGUUUGGGCCUGGAAGCCAGAACCAGGGGGCUGAGGUUGAGUCAGGUAAAGCCUGGGAGUAUGGGGCUUAGCUCCUACGAGAGACCCUGACUAGCAGAGUGUGACUGAAUUGAUGUUGGGACCAGGAGGUCCAGUAUGUAACGACUCAAUAAAUGGGUCCCCAGGAGGGGAAUGUUGUAAUUACCUGUUGAUGGUGAGUUAUUAAGGGGCCCUGAAUAGGGGAGAAGUUGGUAGCCAGACACCACAGAGUGACCUCUGGCCACAAAGAGAUGCUCAGGAGUUGCCUGUCUCUAUUACAGUCAGUCAUGUUCCAACAGAAGGUGCGUACAUACAAACCAUUAUGUGGCAUAAAUCCUCUUCGUUAAAUGAGUGCUUAAUACAAGAGUUCAGCCCAGCUGGGAGGAGCUAAUCUGUAUUCAACCAUGGCUGCAUGCAGGCAGCAAACCAAAGCUAUGACCGGAUGAAAAGUGGGACUUGGAUCAGAUCUAACCCUAGAUUUGGAUUUGCAAACCUUUUAUCCGAAUGGGCUGUGUAGCUUUAGGCUUUGAAUUAAUGCUCCCAUCUCUACCAGCCAACCAUCUAAUGCAAGAAAAUACACCAAAAACACAGGCCCCACAUAAUAAACUAAAGAAGUACCUCUGCUAUUACACUGGUGAGCUGAGUGAAAUGGAACCAGCACAAGGGUUUGUGCAACGUGUGCCAAGCUCUUGUGAUCAGCCACAUCAUAUUCUAGUAUAUACCUAUGCACAAGUUAACACAAUAGUGUCCAGGCCCACCUGCACAUAGUCAAAUUGACUUACAUUGCCAGGUGUUGCUAUCAUGUCUCCUGGGCAAAUGGUUAUAUCAGAAACCUGACCAGCAGACCAAUAAUUCCAGUCA